AUGUUAUCAAAAAGCUUCAGAUUGGUGAGGUUUGUUAAUAUAAUCUCACUUAAGCAAAAGAAAUACUUUCUGGCCAAGUCAAUCAGCACUUAUAUCUAUCUAUCUAUCUAUCUAUCUAUCUAUCUAUCUAUCUAUCUAUCUAUCUAUCUAACUACACACUUUCUGUUCAUACCUACCUACCUACCUACCUACCUACCUAUAUAUAUCUAUCUAUCUAUCUAUCUAUCUAUCUAUCUAUCUAUCUAUCUAUCUAUCCACUUCUAUUUAAAAAAAAAAAAAAUGGAGUGGGGUGUUUUAUUUCUGGUUGUAACUGUUGCUUCCAGCGACGACAAUGACGAUGACAACUUCGUAUCUGAAAGAAUCUACCUAUCUACUUUCUUCCUUUCUAUCUAUUUUUCUGUCUGCUUUUUUUCUUUCCAUUUUUUCCCUACUUUCUUCAUUUCUAUCUAUUUUUCUAUCUGUUUUUCUAUCUGCUUUCUUUCCAUCUAUUUUUCUUCCUACUUUCUUCCUUUCUAUCUAUUUUUCUAUCUGCUUUCAUUCUAUCUAUUUUUCUGUCUGCUUUCUUUCUUUCUAUCUGUUUUUCUAUCUGCUUUCAUUCUAUUUUUCUAUCUGCUUUCUUUCUUUCUAUCUAUUUUUCUGCUAUCAUUCUAUCUAUUUUUCUAUCCGCUUUCAUUCUAUCUAUUUUUCUACCUGCUUUCUUUCUAUCUAUUUUCUACCUGCUUUCUUUCUAUCUAUUUUCUACCUGCUUUCAUUCUGUCUAUUUUUCUAUCUGCUUUCUUUCUUUCUAUUUUUCUACCUGCUUUCUUUCUUUCUAUCUAUUUUUCUAUCUACUCUCUCUCUAUCAAUCCCAGUCUGCCUCCUUAUCCUCCUCCAUUUCUUUCUAUCAAUCCCAGUCUGCCUCCUUAUCAUCCUCUUCAUUUUCUUUCGUUCUUUCUUUGCCUGAUAUCACCUGUUUCUAUCUAUCGUGAAGAAACUCCUUAA